AUGACAUUAUGUGUUGCAUUGCUUGUCGAGAGGAAGUUAGCAAAUUACGAUGAUCUGGUCACCAAAUACUGGCCUGGUUUUGGUGAUAAUGGUAAAGCUAAUAUCACCAUACAAAUGCUGUUAUCACAUACGGCGGGUUUGACUCAUUUGGAUAAGCCGCUUAGUUUGGAAAAUGCUACUAAUCAUCAAGCAAUGAGAAAAAUCUUCGAGAAUGAGCAGCCAAAAUGGUUAUCGGAGCAAGAUUCCGGUUGUUAUGGAUCUUCAUUCUAUUGGCUUAUUGACCAGCUUAUCCGGCAUAUUGAUAAGCAGAAACGAGGCGUACAGCAAUAUUUUCAUGAUGAAAUAGCAUUUAAAUUCGGAAUUGAUUAUUCAAUUGGCUUAUCGAUGACAGAAGAACAUCGAUUGGCCAGAAUAACAAUGCCUUCUUGGUCUGAUAUUUUCAGUGAAAUUUAUCACACUCCUCAUUUAAUGCGGAAUUUGCUAUUUCAAUUCUUUGCAUUAAAAGAUUCAAGAAUAUAUAAAGUGAUGCAUAAUUUGGAAUGGUUAGAUCCAACCAUACCAUUACAAAUUAACAACCCAAAUUUUCAUCAUUUAUUAUAUCAUGGAUUUGGUAAUGCGAGAAGUUUAGCAGAGAUAUUUCAUAUGCUUUCGACAGGUAAACUUCUAUCACCUGCAGUUCAACUUAUUUUGAGGAAUGUUCACGCCAACAGUAUGGAUAUAUGUACAAUAAAACAUUUAGCAAAAGAAAUUGGUUUCCUAAUUUUCAUCAAUCAGUCACAGGUGACACAUGCACAUGGUCAUUCAGGCUUCGGAUGUCAACAAGUCGUUCACGACAAUCGAAACAAUCUCACAAUUGCUUAUGUCACAAAUGCUAUCAAAGUUGGCAUUUAUGAACAAUGUCGUACUUACAUUCGUUUACAAAAUGCCAUUUAUGAUAUUGUUGAGAAAGUUAAUGGAAUUUAG